GUUUUGGAGCCUGGGAGCUGUGGGAGGAGUCUGCGGCCUCACCGUGGUAACCGCAGCGCCGCUGCUGCCCCGCCUUGCAGGCCUCAGGACUGUCAUCGCCUUUGGGUGUGGGGGUACUUUGGUCACUGUCCCCGGAAAUAGCCCCGCCGGCCUCUUCAGAUACCCCCACCCUCCCCACGCCGCCGCCGCCGCCAUGCAAGGGGAGGACGCCAGAUACCUCAAAAGAUAAAUCCCGCGGGAGCCUGGGGAUGAAGUCUUCUGGCACCUCCCCUCUGUGUCUUCAGUUUGGGAUUCACUGUCGUGGGGGUUUGAAAUGAUGAAGGAAAGUUAAAGGAGGAAAUAUUGAUGUUCAUCCAUCAGAAAAAGCACUCAUUGUUCAAUAUGAAGUGGAAGCUACCAUUCUUGGAGAAAUGGGGGAUCCCAUGUUGGGAGAACGAAAGGAAUGCCAAAAAAUCAUUCGUCUUAAGAGUCUCAAUGCCAACACAGAUAUAACUUCCCUGGCACGGAAGGUGGUUGAAGAAUGUAAGCUCAUUCAUCCCUCGAAACUAAGUGAGGUAGAACAGCUGUUGUACUAUCUACAGAACCGCCGUGAUUCAUUGUCAGGAAAAGAAAAAAAAGAAAAAUCAAGUAAGCCUAAAGAUCCACCUCCUUUUGAAGGAAUGGAGAUUGAUGAAGUCGCUAACAUUAAUGACAUGGAUGAAUACAUUGAGUUAUUAUAUGAAGACAUUCCUGACAAGGUUCGGGGUUCUGCUUUGAUUCUACAGCUUGCUCGAAAUCCUGAUAACUUGGAAGAACUACUAUUGAAUGAAACUGCCCUUGGUGCACUAGCAAGAGUCCUGAGAGAAGACUGGAAGCAAAGUGUUGAGUUAGCUACAAACAUAAUUUACAUCUUUUUUUGCUUUUCCAGCUUUUCUCAGUUUCAUGGACUUAUCACUCACUAUAAAAUUGGAGCUCUAUGUAUGAAUAUUAUUGAUCAUGAAUUAAAAAGACAUGAGCUUUGGCAAGAAGAACUUUCUAAGAAGAAGAAAGCUGUUGAUGAAGACCCUGAAAACCAAACGUUGAGGAAAGAUUAUGAAAAAACCUUUAAAAAAUACCAGGGGCUUGUGGUAAAACAGGAACAGCUCUUACGAGUUGCUCUUUAUUUGCUUCUGAAUCUUGCUGAGGAUACACGUACAGAACUGAAGAUGAGGAACAAGAACAUAGUUCACAUGCUGGUGAAGGCUCUUGAUCGGGACAAUUUUGAGCUGCUUAUUCUAGUUGUAUCAUUCUUGAAGAAACUCAGCAUUUUUAUGGAGAAUAAAAAUGAUAUGGUGGAAAUGGAUAUUGUCGAAAAACUGGUAAAAAUGAUACCUUGUGAACAUGAAGAUCUGCUGAAUAUCACCCUCCGACUGUUACUAAACCUGUCCUUUGACACAGGGCUAAGGAAUAAGAUGGUACAAGUUGGACUGCUUCCCAAACUCACUGCACUCCUAGGCAAUGAAAACUACAAACAAAUAGCAAUGUGUGUUCUUUACCACAUAAGCAUGGAUGACCGCUUUAAAUCAAUGUUUGCAUACACUGACUGCAUACCACAGUUAAUGAAGAUGCUCUUUGAAUGUUCGGAUGAGCGAAUUGACUUGGAACUCAUUUCAUUCUGCAUUAAUCUUGCUGCUAACAAAAGGAAUGUACAGCUUAUCUGUGAAGGAAAUGGGCUGAAGAUGCUCAUGAAGAGGGCUCUGAAAUUCAAAGAUCCAUUGCUGAUGAAAAUGAUUAGGAACAUUUCCCAGCAUGAUGGACCAACUAAAACUUUGUUUAUUGAUUAUGUUGGGGACCUUGCAGCCCAGAUCUCUAAUGAUGAAGAGGAGGAGUUUGUGAUUGAAUGUUUAGGAACACUUGCAAAUUUGACCAUUCCAGACUUAGACUGGGAAUUGGUUCUUAAGGAGUACAAGUUAGUUCCAUACCUCAAGGAUAAACUAAAACCAGGUGCUGCAGAAGAUGACCUUGUUUUAGAAGUGGUUAUAAUGAUUGGAACUGUGUCUAUGGAUGACUCUUGUGCUGCAUUGCUAGCCAAAUCUGGGAUAAUCCCUGCACUCAUCGAAUUGCUAAAUGCUCAACAAGAAGAUGAUGAAUUUGUGUGUCAGAUAAUUUAUGUCUUCUACCAGAUGGUUUUCCACCAAGCCACAAGAGAUGUCAUAAUCAAGGAGACACAAGCUCCAGCAUAUCUCAUAGAUCUGAUGCAUGAUAAAAAUAAUGAAAUCCGAAAGGUCUGUGAUAAUACAUUAGAUAUUAUAGCGGAAUAUGAUGAAGAAUGGGCUAAGAAAAUUCAGAGUGAAAAGUUUCGUUGGCAUAACUCUCAGUGGCUGGAGAUGGUAGAGAGUCGUCAGAUGGAUGAGAGUGAGCAGUACUUGUAUGGUGAUGAUCGUAUUGAGCCAUACAUCCAUGAAGGAGAUAUUCUCGAAAGACCUGACCUUUUCUACAACUCAGAUGGAUUAAUUGCUUCUGAGGGAGCCGUAAGUCCAGAUUUCUUCAAUGAUUAUCACCUUCAAAAUGGAGAGAUAGUUGGGCAGCAUUCAUUUCCUGGCAGCCUUGGAAUGGAUGGCUUUGGCCAGUCAGUUGGCAUUCUUGGACGCCCUGCCACAGCGUAUGGAUUCCGCCCUGAUGAACCUUACUACUAUGGCUAUGGAGCUCGAUAAAGUCAUCCCUUUCCGUUUGUUCUCUCAGCUUAGAAGAAAUCUGUGCGGGUCGGGUUAACUUUGAAUUUUGGCCUAAUAAUGCAUGUUGAUACUAUUGUGGAUAUGUGUUUCUUUUUAUUUUUCCAUGUUGUUAGCUGCAGAUUAACUCCACUGCUUUGGUCCUGUAUUAAGUACAAUUGAUGCUUGACACUGUUCAGUCAUCAAGCCACAUCUUGAUGCUGAAUAACAUUUCCCACGAGACUGAAAAGUAAAUGCUGAAAAGCAACUAGACUGGAAAACAAACACUACAUUAUGUACAUUAAGUGACUAAUUUAAUUUCUAUUAAAAAGAAGCAUGAAGUACAAAUGAA